AUGAAACGAGGUUACUCGGAAUCUUCACCAUCGGCCUCUCUUGGACCUCCUCAAUCCAAAUUUAAAUACAACCCCGAAGGUGAUGCAGAGUUUCUAGAGGAUGAGAGUACAAAGAUUUUUGCCAGGAAAGUGGCUGACCAUUACAGUGCGAGGACCAAUCAAACUCUGGAAGAGCGAGAAGCAAGUCCUAUUAUUCAUUUAAAGAAACUCAAUAAUUGGAUCAAAAGUGUCUUAAUUCAGCUUUAUGCGAAAAAAGGGGAUGUAGUUCUUGAUCUUGCUUGUGGCAAGGGUGGUGAUCUGAUCAAAUGGGACAAGGCAAAAGUUGGAUAUUAUGUUGGCAUUGAUAUAGCUGAAGGCUCGAUAGAAGACUGUCGUACGCGCUACAAUGGUGAUGCAGACCAUCAUCAGCGUCGUAAGAAGUUCUCAUUUCCUGCCCGACUUAUGUGUGGAGAUUGUUUUGAGGUUCGAUUGGAUGAAGUUUUAGAAGAUGAUGCACCUUUUGAUAUUUGUAGUUGCCAGUUUGCUAUGCAUUACUCGUGGUCUACCGAGAUACGUGCACGGCGAGCCUUGGCCAAUGUUUCAGCCUUACUUCGUCCUGGAGGCAUCUUCAUUGGAACAAUGCCAGAUGCCAAUGUUAUCAUCAAAAAGCUUAGAGAAGCUGAAGGAUUGGCUUUUGGAAAUAGUGUCUUCUGGAUACGUUUUGAUGAAGAAUUUUCUGAGAAGAAAUUUAAGUCUUCAAGCCCCUUUGGAAUUAAGUACAAGUUCCACUUAGAGGAUGCUGUUGAUUGUCCUGAAUGGAUUGUCCCCUUUCAUGUCUUCAAAUCACUGGCAGAAGAGUAUGAUUUGGAGCUAGUUUUCGUGAAAAACUCGCAUGUAUUUGUGCAUGAAUACGUAAAAAAGCCAGAAUUUAUUGAGCUCAUGCGGAGGCUUGGUGCAUUGGGUGAUGGAAACCAAGACAAAAGCACACUAUCACCAGAUGAAUGGGAAGUAGCUUAUUUGUAUCUGGCGUUCGUGUUGAGGAAGCGAGGGGAACCGGAGCAGCCUCGAGCAAAUGGUAGAAGAGAUAAAGGCAAGAUGCAAAUAGGAAAGGAGGACAUAGCAUAUAUCAGCAGUGAAGUUUGA